CCAGAUAAGUCGCUAUUAUUAUAGCAAUCAUUCUAACUGACCUUAGUCUCUGGAGAGUUUGUUAAACUAGUUUUAAUAUUGUUAUUUAAAAAUCAUAUCGUUAUAAAAAAAAAAGUUAAAAAAUGAGUGAACCAAUAAAUGUGGUGGUUACUGGAGCUGCAGGACAAAUUGCUUAUUCUUUAUUGUAUCAACUUGCUGCUGGUACAGUUUUUGGUCCAAAUCAAGCAAUCAAUCUUCGAUUAUUAGAUAUUCCAGUUAUGAUGAAAGUAUUAGAUGGAGUAGUUAUGGAAUUAGAAGAUCUAGCUCUUCCACUUUUAAGAGAAGUUGUUCCUACAGCUGAUCCAAGUGUAGCUUUCAAAGAUGUAGCUGCAGCUUUUCUGGUUGGAGCAAUGCCUCGAAAAGAAGGAAUGGAAAGAAAAGAUCUUUUAGCAGCUAAUGUAGAAAUUUUUAAAGUUCAAGGAGAAGCUCUGGACAAAUAUGCUCAAAAAGAUGUUAAAGUUUUAAUUGUUGGUAAUCCUGCUAACACAAAUGCUUUAAUUUGUUCUCAUUAUGCACCAUCUAUUCCAAAACAAAAUUUUACUGCUAUGACAAGAUUGGAUCAAAAUCGUGCUCAAGCAGCAUUAUCAGCAAAAUUGAAUGUUCAGGUUGAUAAAAUAAAAAAUGUUAUUAUUUGGGGCAAUCACAGUUCAACUCAAUAUCCUGAUGCUUCUCAUGCUACUGUAACUCUUCAAGAUUCCACCAAGCCAAUAUCUUUAGCUAUAAAUGAUGAAAAUUGGUUAAAUACUACUUUUGUGGAAACAAUUCAGAAACGUGGUGCAGCUGUAAUAGCUGCCAGAAAGAUGUCAUCUGCAAUGUCAGCUGCUAAAGCAGCUGGAGAUCACAUGAGAGAUUGGUGGAUUGGUACCAAACCAGGUGAAUGGGUUAGCAUGGGUGUAUUAUCUGAUGGCAGUUAUGGAAUUCCAAAGGAUAUUGUGUUUUCUUUCCCAGUUACUAUAGAAAAUGGACAAUACAAAAUUGUUCAAGGACUUUCAAUCAAUGACUUUGCUAGAUCAAAGUUAAAUAUUACAUCCAGUGAAUUAGAAGAGGAACGUGCAGAAGCAAAAAAUGUAUUACAUGAAAAGUGACUAAAAUCAGUAAAUUAUGAUACUAAAAGUCAAUUUCUUGUUCUGGCAAAAUUGUAGAAAAUAAAAUAAAAAUUUUAAUGAUAAUACAUGAUAUGUAAUAUAUA